AUCGGAGAGUAAGAGAAAAGCGACAGAGUGAGUCUUCUGUACAAGUCAGAUUGUAGGCGAUCUUUGAUGAGAGCCGUCGUGUGUGUCGGCUAGCGGAGAGAACCGGAGAACCGCAGCUGCAGGAUGGGGAAGAAACAGAAGAAAUCCGGAGAGGACAGUGCCAAAGAUGACAGCAUCGACAUCGACGCUCUGGCGGCAGAGAUCGAAGGAGCUGGAGCCUCUAAGGAACCAAAAGGGAAGAAGAAGAAGAAAGGAGCCAAGAAGGACGACUUUGAUGAGGACGACAUCCUGAAGGAAUUGGAGGAGCUGUCUCUGGAGACUCAGGGAGGGAAGGCGAAGAAAACAGACACCACAGAGGAAGUGGAGAGCGUUGAGCCUCCCAAACCAGAGAAGAAGAAAACCAGGAAGGGGAAGAAGGGCGGAGCCAGCCCUGAGGAUGAGGAGGGCGAUGAAGGUCAGCUCAAUGACGAGAGGAACGAAGAGCAGAAAGACAAGGCAGCUCCUGCUGGUCCUCCCUCUGACUCUGAAGAGGACAGCAGCUCGCGUUCCGGCCUAAAGACCAAAGACGGCAAGAAAGGGCGUAAAAAGGCGUCGGUGUCAGACGAGGAGGAGGACAGAGACGAAGGUGAAGGUGUGAGGAAAGGGGGACGAGGAAAGGAGGACGACGAGUCAGAGGACGAGGAGUUCACCUCCAGGAGCGACAAAAAGAAGAGCAAGAACAAAGGCAAGGCAGCGAAGGUCGAGGGUGAGGAUGACAACAAGGAGGAUGAUGAGGAGGAAGGAGGGGGCUUUAAGAUGAAGACGGCGGCACAGAAGAAGGCGGAGAAGAAAGAGAGGGAGAGGAAGAAGAAGGAGGAGGAGAGGAUGAAGCAGAAGAAGCUGAAGGAGAGGGAGAAGGAGGAGGCCAGCACGGAGCCCAAGAAAGAAUCAGACAAGAAGACGACAGAGGCCACACCCCCUCAGAUAGCUCCUCCUGCAGCAGUGACGGAGGACCCGGAAGGGGCGGAGCCAGCAGCAGAGGACGAUGCCGAGGGCGACAAAAAGAAGAAAGACAAGAAGAAGAAGAAGGGAGAGAAGGAGGAGAAGAAGAAGGGGCCCAGCAAGGCCGUAGUGAAGGCCAUGCAGGAAGCGCUGGCCAAGAUGAAGGAGGAGGAGGAGCAGGCCAGGAAGGAGGAGGAGGAGCGGCUGAGGAGGCUGGAGGAGCUGGAGAGGCAGAGGCAGGAGCAGGAGCGUCUGGAGCAGGAGCGCAGGGAGAAGAAGAAGCAGAAGGAGAAGGAGAGGAAGGAGCGUCUGAAGAAGGAGGGGAAGCUGCUGACUAAAUCCCAGAGGGAGGCCCGAGCUCGGGCCGAGGCCACGCUGAAGAUGCUUCAGGCUCAGGGUGUUGAAGUGCCAUCCAAAGACUCGAUGCCAAAGAAGAAGCCGGUUUACGGAGACAAGAGGAAGAAGAAGCCCAACGCCCAAACCCCCGAAGAAACCUCAGAGGUCACCUCGCCGACGUCGGAGACUCCAGAGCCUGUUGCCAUGGAGACGGAGGCUGAGAGUCCAGCGGCGGAGCCAGAGGUGAAGCCGGACGCCGCCGUGGACGACUGGGAGGCCAUCGCCACCGACGAGGAGAAAGAGUUGAAGAAAGUCCACAUCGAGGUGAAGGAGGAGACGGCCGCACCUCCUCAGCCUGCAGGCAGCGAGGAAGACGAGGAGGAGGAAGACGACGAAGAGGACGAGGAGGACGAGGAGGAAGACGAUGACGAGGAGGAGGACAGCGACGAGGAAGGCGAGGGGGAGAGGGAGGCGACGGCGGCAGGUCAGACGAAGAGGAGGGCAGCGAAGGAGAGCGAGGAGGAGAGCAGCGAGAGCGACGAUGACGACAGCAGGACGAAGGAGGAGCGACUGUACGACCGAGCCAAGAGGAGGAUAGAGAAACGAAAAGCGGAGAACCUGAAGAACACAGACGUGGACAGACUGAGAGCCCCGGUGGUCUGUGUGCUGGGACACGUCGACACGGGAAAGACCAAGAUCCUCGACAAGCUGCGACACACUCAUGUUCAGGACGGUGAGGCUGGAGGAAUCACACAGCAGAUCGGAGCCACAAAUGUCCCCAAAGAGACGAUCGAGGAGCAGACGAAGAUGGUUAAAAACUUUGACAAAGAAAACCUGAAGAUCCCCGGCAUGCUGAUCAUCGACACACCAGGACAUGAAUCCUUUAGUAACCUGAGGAACAGGGGCAGCUCUCUGUGUGACAUCGCCAUCCUGGUGGUGGACAUCAUGCAUGGCCUGGAGCCUCAGACCCUCGAGUCCAUCAACCUGCUGAAGGAGAAGAAGUGUCCCUUCAUCGUUGCCCUGAACAAGAUCGACCGUCUGUAUGACUGGAAGAAGAGUCCGGACACUGACGUCGUGGCCACGCUGAAGAAGCAGAAGAAGAACACCAAGGACGAGUUUGACGAGAGAUCCAAGGCCAUCAUCGUGGAGUUCGCUCAGCAGGGUCUCAAUGCCGCCUUGUUCUACGAGAAUAAGGACCCCCGCACGUUCGUGUCGUUGGUUCCAACCUCGGCCCACAGCGGCGAUGGGAUGGGAAAUCUCAUCGCCCUGUUGGUGGAGCUCACUCAGACCAUGUUAGCCCGCCGACUGGCACACUGCGACGAGCUGCGAGCUCAGGUCAUGGAGGUGAAAGCCCUGCCUGGGAUGGGAACCACGAUAGACGUCAUCCUGAUUAACGGCCGUCUGCGGGAGGGAGAGACCAUCAUCGUUCCCGGGGUGGAGGGACCAAUCGUAACGCAGAUCAGAGGCCUGCUGCUGCCGCCUCCUCUGAAGGAGCUCAGAGUGAAGAAUCAGUACGAGAAGCACAAGGAGGUGUCCACGUCUCAGGGUGUGAAGAUUCUGGGUAAAGACCUGGAGAAGGCGCUCGCGGGACUCCCCCUGCUGGUGGCUUACAAGGAUGAUGAAAUCCCUGUCCUGAGGGAUGAACUGGUGCGGGAGCUCAAACAGACUCUGAGCUCCAUCAAACUGGAAGAGAAGGGAGUUUACGUCCAGGCAUCCACACUGGGGUCUCUGGAGGCUCUGCUCGAGUUCCUCAGAACGUCCAAGGUCCCCUACGCGGGGAUCAACAUCGGUCCAGUUCAUAAGAAGGACGUGAUGAAGGCGUCGACGAUGCUGGAACACGACCCGCAGUACGCGGUGAUCCUGGCUUUUGACGUGAAGGUGGAGAGGGAGAGUCAGGAGAUGGCUGACAGCCUGGGAGUUCGGAUCUUCUCAGCUGAAAUCAUCUACCAUCUGUUCGAUGCCUUCACCAAGUACAGAGAGGACUACAAGAAGGCCAAACAGGACGAGUUCAAGCACGUCGCCGUGUUCCCCGUCAAGCUGCGAGUUCUUCCUCAGUUCAUCUUCAACUCCAGAGAUCCCAUCGUGAUGGGCGUGACUGUCGAGGCCGGAGUCCUGCGACAGGGGACGCCGCUCUGUGUCCCCAGCAAAGGGUUUGUGGACAUCGGCGUGGUCACCAGCAUCGAGAUGAAUCACAAGUCCGUCGACAGCGCCAAGAAAGGCCAGGAGAUCUGCGUCAAGAUCGAGCCCAUUCCCGGGGAGUCGCCCAAGAUGUACGGCCGCCAUUUUGAAGCCACCGACAUCAUUGUCAGCAAGAUCACUCGUGCGUCCAUCGACGCCCUGAAGAGCUGGUUCAGAGACGAGAUGCAGAAAAGUGAUUGGCAGCUGAUCAUGGAGCUGAAGAAGACCUUCGAGAUCAUCUAAGGGGCCUGAACACACACAUUCACACACGCUCACACACACACUUUCUCCUGCGGUGACAAGACGACGACGGGAGGACAAAAAGUCAAAAGAAAAAAAAGAUGUGAAAGUGUUUUUCUGUGAGAAACGAACUGUUUUUUCCACUGUUGUAAACAGUGAUAGUUUAGAACACACACACACACACACACACACACACACACACACACACUCAGUAUUCCAACGUGCCUGUUCUUCAGCAUCAACAUUGUGUUAUUAUUUUUUUCUUCUUCUCUGCUCUGAUUUGUGGCUGCUGCUUCCUGUCUGCCCCCCCCACCCCACCCCCCCACCCAGACUGAGGCUAACGAGCUUAACGAGUUAGUGAGCUCAGCCACGCCAGGUGCAUUAUGGGAUUGUACAGAGCAGCACCAGGGCUGCUUGUCUUUUCACUAAACUCCAAAUCACUGAAGCAGCAGCACCCACGCCGCCGACUUUAAAGACUUCAGAGCGCUGACUGUCGGCCAUGUUGGAGGGCGGAGGGUUGGGUCGCAGAGGGUGUCGCCUCUGGGAGAUUUUAAACUGUUUCUGCUGCAACUGUUGAUGUAAUAAAUUGCCCUGAUUCUGAUGAAACCUGCA